AUGGCGAGCCCGAGCAAGCAGCACACCGAGGUCGCUCAUCUUGAGGCCCUGCGCCGCAACAUUGCCCAGCUCAAGGCCGAGCGCACACAGCUUUGCGACGACUUGCGCAGCGCCCAGUGUGACGCGCGCGCGCUAACCGAAGAGCUCGAACGCAAAAAGCAGCCGACGCUCAACAAGUACGUGCGCCUCGCCGUGGUUCUCGGGAUCGACAUGCCAGAAGUCGACUUGGUCGCGGCUUGCGAACGCGACGUCGCCGCUCUCUGCACACGGCACCAACCAGGCUUUGGCGCGACAGAGGACCUCUGGCUCGUCGACGCGACCAACUCCUCGACCGUAUCUCCACUUGGACGCGCCGCGGCCGCAACAUUGCCCGCGCGCAGCACCGUGACCGCGCGCGACGUACUUCGCCUCGGGUGCUCGUACGCGGCGAGAGGGCUCCCAGUCGCCACCAUCAACGCGAUUCUUGACCGCCUGACCCUCUACCACGAAGUCGAGACGACAAGAACGCUCAACGUGUCGGCGCCGGCGAACGUACAAUACUUGCAACUGACGGUACCAGCGCUCGAGCAUCCGGCGAUCACGCGCACUCAGUGCGUGGCACUCGUCAUCGAGUGUGACUCGCACGACCAAGGGUGGGCCACGGACGCGUCGCACCUCAACGGUUCGUACCGAGGGUGCCACAGCUGGGUUGAGCUGCAAGUCACAGCGCCCAACGGGUCGGUGGUCGUCCCGCGCCGCGACGCCUAUCGCAACCUUCGCGCACACUCUGCAUUCCGCCGGCACCUCGUACAUAUCACGGACACAAGCGUGCUUGCGCACCUUACCGCACCAGGCUCGCGGGUCACCGUGCACUUGCGCGCGCAGUUUCCUGGUUGGAGGAACGAAGCUCGGUUUGCGCGACUCGCUAUUGCGUACAAGGUCGCGUUGUGCGACGACCUCAUGCAACUUUGAAGCGUCGACGCGCAGCAAUUCGUAGUUGCCACAUCAAAUUUGACGUCGAGAUGCGUUGCCUUCUAUAGCUUUGAAUGUCAUUCGUCUUUUUAACGCA